AUGAAUUUUAUUGAAAAUCUCCUUAAAAAUAAUUCACAUGUUCAUGUGCAUAAUGAUAAACUCGCUUAUGUUGAACAAACUAUUCGCUCAUUAAUCAGUGAUGGACGAAAAAUGCUACAUGUUGUAGCUGACUUUGAUUAUACAUUAACUAUGUAUGAAAAAGAUGCAGUUAUUUUACCAUCGACGUUUGCUGUUAUUGAAAGUGAUGAUCGAGUUAAAUUACCUGAUGGUUCAUUACUGCGUGUUCAAGCAGAUCAAUUGCGUUCAUAUUAUCAGUCAAUCGAACAUGAUGUCUGUAUGAAUAUUGAUGAAAAAAUUCCUCAUAUGAUUGAAUGGUGGCGGAAAGCACAAGCUCUGCUUUUGUUAUCAAAUCUAAAUCAACCAAUGAUACGCGCUCUAGUUUAUAAAUCAAAAUUGGAAUUGAAAAAAGGAGUAAAAGAAUUUAUUACAGAACUAUUACGUAGUGAAACGCCGAUUCUUGUUUUCUCAGCUGGUUUAGGCGACGUUAUUGAAAUUUUUCUUGAAAAAGAAAUCCCUGAAUUUGCACUUAAUCAUGAAUUAUCACAAAUUAUUUCAAAUUUUAUUCAAUACGAUACCAAUGGAAAUUUAGUAGCGUUCAGUAAAAAACUUAUUCAUUCAUUUAAUAAAAAUGAACAUGAAAUUCAUGAUACGCCGUACUUCAAAUCUAUUUUAAAUCGGCCAAAUGUUAUUCUAUUAGGUGAUACACUUGGCGAUGUUGGCAUGAUCGCUGGUAUGAAAAAUUUAAAACAAAUACUCAAAAUUGGAUUUUUAAACCGUAGUACACCUGAAAAAUUAGAAGUUUAUAAGAGUGCUUAUGAUAUUGUUGUCAGCGAUGAUCAAACCUUUGACAUACCUAAUUUUAUUUUAAAAGCAAUUUAG